AUGCCUAAACCCCCACCCACGCUCGACUACGACACAUACCCGCACGUCUUGGAGGCGGUCGCCUCGUACGCCGAGCACGGGGUGCUCCUCGUGCUGCGGCAGACGUGCCGCCGCGCAAACACGUACAUCAGCAACCUGCUCUUCUCCCAUCUGGAGCUGUACGACGAUGCGUCCAACGCGCUCGUCGUGCUCUCGGCCUACACGAACCAGCCGAUCGGGGUCCGCGGCGCGGUCGUAUCGCGCAUGAACUCUCUUCUUCUGCGCACCCUCCGCCUCCUCCCGCGCGACGAAGGCACGCUCGACCUGCGCGCGCCGGACACACUGCCGACAGCAGACACGGUCAUCGCGCUCACCGACGUCAACACGCUCAGUCCGUACCUCGCCGCCAACACACAGCAUGCGCGCCUGAGCGUCGGCCGCAGCUUUGACCUGCCGCCCGGCGUGCGGCGCUUCGUCCUCCAUGUUCGGUUCAACGAGGCGUUUGACUGGCGAGACGGAUACUAUGCGCCUGGCCCGCUCCCUGCGUCGGUCCAGGACGUCACCGUCAUCCUGUCCCCCGCUGUAGCGUGGUUCCACACCCCAAUGGGCAGCCACAUCGAGCGGUUCGUGCCCAACCCCGCGUGGCUGGCCGACAUGGCCUCGUGGCUCGUCACGGCGCUGUGGCCGGCCCGCGCCGUGCUCCAGGCUGAGCCGCCGCGCAGGCUCACGAUCGUCGGGCUCGAGGGCAUUGAGGCGGAGUGGGCCGGCCUGGGGACGAGUGAUGCCACGGACGGCAUCGAAGCGGGCCUCCGCGCCGCCGUGGAGGAGCGCGUGCAGUGGUCCCUUCCGGAGGAGGGCUGGUACAGCUCGCGCGAGCAGUGGGAGGCGCACCGCGACGCGCUGGUGCAGGCCGUGUCGGAUAUCGAGUUUGUCCCGAGGGAAGCGUACAAGGCGGCAAUUGGGCUCCGGCAGUGGGCUCUCGAAGGCAAGGAGUAUGCCCUGGCGCCGGGUCAUGGAAGGGGACACCGGUAG